AUGAAGUUCUCACAGGCUUCUCUCCUGGCAGCUUGCCUCCCCGCCGUGUCUGCUCGCUUUAUCGAGACUGCCGAGGUCAACAAUGUUGUUCUACAACCUGAGGAGCUAUUCCUGGUUGAAACCGCUCCUGGCAAGACACAAUGGGUCACCGAGGAGGAUAAGUGGGAGAUGCGCCGUAAUGGCCAGAACUUCAUGGACAUCACCGAGACCACCACCCUCGGCUCCAAGCAUGUCAACGCUGAGACUACUGUCACGUUCCCCAAGAAGUGCGUGCAGCAGAAGGAAGUCACCAAGCUCUCAAAGAACCUCGAGAAGGACAACAUGAAGGUCAAUCUGGAAAAGAUGACCAGCUUCCACACCCGAUACUACAAGUCUGACUACGGCCUCAAAUCCUCCGACUGGGUUCUUGAGAAGGUCAAUCAGAUGAUCAAGGAUGCUGGUGCUGAGAAGACCGUGUUCGCCGAGAGCUUCCCUCACACAUGGCAGCAACACUCUGUCAUUGCGACCAUCCCCGGCCAGUCCAACAGCACCGUUGUGAUCGGUGCCCACCAGGAUUCCAUCAACCUCUUCCUGCCUUCCAUUCUCGCCGCCCCGGGCGCUGAUGACGAUGGCAGUGGCUCAGUCACCAUCAUGGAGGUUUUCCGCGCUCUUCUGAACUCCAAGGAUGUUGUCAAGGGCAAGGCCACUAACACCAUCGAGUUCCACUGGUACUCGGCUGAGGAGGGUGGCUUGCUUGGAAGCCAGGCCAUCUUCAAGUCGUACGAGGAGGAUGGUCGCGAUGUCAAGGCUAUGCUUCAGCAGGACAUGACUGGCUAUGUCCAAAAGACUCUCGAUGCUGGCCAACCCGAGAGUGUCGGCGUCAUUACUGACUACGUCGACUCCGGUCUGACUAAGUUCAUCAAGACCGUUGUUGAGGAGUACUGCAAUAUUCCUUGGGUUGAGACCAAGUGUGGCUAUGCCUGCUCCGACCAUGCUUCUGCCUCCAAGGCCGGUUACCCGUCGGCUUUUGUUAUCGAGUCCGCUUUCGAGUACUCCGACCCUCACAUUCACAGCACCGAUGACAACAUCAAGUAUCUGUCUUUUGACCACAUGCUAGAGCAUGCCCGCAUGACCCUCGGCCUGGUCUACGAGCUGGGUUACCACGACUUCUCUGAGAAGUCCGAGGAGCAGUGGACUGACCUGUAA